ACUCCAGCGUAUGCUCUCAUCCUGGGCCUGGUCGCGACCGUGAUGAGGCGCCUGGGUGCAGGCCCUCUCUGGAACCAGGUGGUGACCGUAGAAAGCGACGCCUGCCGGCAGUACUGGUGGACUCAUCUGCUGUACAUCAACAACUACAUCUAUGAUGACAACCAAUGUAUGCCUCAGACCUGGUACUUGGCAGCUGACACGCAGCUCUUCGCUAUAGGGCUGGUCUUCUGCAUAGUUGCGCGGACGCAGCGUGCCCGCAAGAUUAUCCUGGGCCUGAUGAUGAUUGUGUCUCUGCUGACCCCUGCUCUGCACACGUACUUUGAGGAUCUGGAGGCCAUCGUCUUUCAAGGGCCUGAGAACGUGAAAAGUAUAUACAAGACCGACAACGUAUUCAGACAUGUGUAUAUCGCAGCACACACGAACCUCGCCUCAUACACUCUUGGUAUGGGAGGCGGCCUACUGGCGUACCACUGGCUCACCGAGGGGAAGGACUUUGAACACUUUAAAAAAUACCGCUUCUUUCUAUGGCUCAUAUUCCCCAUCGAUACGCUGGUGAUCCUCUCCGGGGCCUUUUUCUACGGCGACGCCCGCGCAUCUCUCACGCUGCGUGUGAUCUACGCCGCUCUGUACAAACCCGUCUUCCAACUGCUGGUCGUCUUCUUAACGAUCUUUAUAAUAUUUAAGUCAGAAAAGGUGUACCGUGGCAUAGUGGAGUGGCGAGGGUUCACGUGGACGGGCCGGGUGUCGUACAGCGCGUUCUUAGUGCACACACUGUUCCUGCGAGCGAUCGCUGGCUCCUUCGUGCAACCAGUGCAUCUCACUGACUUCUUUGUGUUGGUGAUUCUAUCCGCCUCCAUCUUCUUAUCUUUCGCCGCGGCGGCCAUUUUGUGGCUUUGCGUAGAGGCGCCGGCCAAGCAGUUGAUCUCAGCAGCAAUGAAACCUAGACCUCGGGUCCAGGAUACUAAGAUAUAGUUUAUUUAGAAAAUUAUGUAAAUUAUAUGGUUGUGAGAGGUGAUAAAUCUACCAUUGAAGGUCGUCCGUUAGGUGGCGCGUGAGCGGGUUAACGAAAAAUUGUGUGAGCGUUACUAACAUGCGUGCGAUUGUACCUAGGUCAGGCGUGGCUCACUCCGCGAUUUCGUCGCUUUGCUACAGGUAGCUA